CCGCCACCUGCUGCCUCACACUCACCUCCGUGCAGCCGUGAGGGGCGACCGUCACCCGCGCUUGACAUCUCCACUUUGUUCCUCUAACACACCUUGUUCGCUCGUCGCUGAACAUAUCGCAAUAAUUAACUGUAACACAAGGAUUUCUACACCUGGGAGCGUCGACUAGUGCUUCAAUCUCUUAAAUGAAACAGUUUUUGAAGUGUUCGACCGUACAAUAAUUUGUUUAAAAAAGAAAGAGAGAGAGAUAGAGAGAGAGAAAGAGAAAGAGAGAGAGAGAGAAGUGAAGGAGUGUGGCGGGUGGAGCAUCACGACUACAGUCAGCGGGGGAGGUGUGUGUGUAUGUGUGUGUGUGACCACUGCCUCCACACAGGCUCGCGUUGCCACCAUCUCCACACCUGACUGAGACUUACCUUUACCCUCGGUCAGCACAGGUUCCUCUUGGUGUCGACGGCGAGCACAGAAGGACCGUGUGGACUACUGUUGGCUGCAGCAUUAACACUGCCACUAUGGGCACCAGAGGUACAGCGGUUAGAGUUAAAGAUUUGUUACGGCAUCACAAGGUAGAGAGUUGAGUGGCACAGUGUUAGUUGUAUCAGUUCUGAGUGCCGAGGUUACACUGCUACUUGUCGAGGUGCCAACACCGCAGAACAAAACAUCGCAGUGCCGUGUGACAGUGCCAGGACCGAGCGGUGAUGGUGUCAGUACUGUGGGGACUCAAAACUUGAUCCCAAUCGGUGUUUCACUAAUGACAUUAUCGUGAUACUCUGCUCCUCUGACCUCGACACCAUGGCGGUUCAGGUCAGCUUGUGCUGGGUGCUGUUGCUGGCCGCUCUGGUGGGGCUCUGUGUCGCCACCGACCUGCAUAAUAGUCUUAUUAAUUCUUCAACUCUGGAAGUCAACGAACCGCGUCGGGAAGAUAAAGAACAAAAGUUCAAAACAGCCAGACCAAAGGACCCACUUGUGGUCCAGACCAAGAGUGGUCUGGUGAGGGGCUUCAGAAGAAAUGUUUACGGCGAGAAUCUGGAUUCAUUUUAUGGUAUUCCCUUCGCUAAGCCGCCAGUGGGAGAUCUACGCUACAAAAAGCCUGUCCCCGUCGACCCUUGGCCCGGCAUCCUUGAUACGAUUAAGCUUCCGAACACAUGUGUCCAGGCCUAUAACUAUUUUCCAGGCUUCAUCGGUGAGCAGAUAUGGAACCCCAACACCGACCUCUCUGAGGACUGUCUCUUCCUCAACAUCUGGGCUCCUGCACACCUUCGGGAUCCCGGUGCCGAGCCUACAGAGGUCCUGGUGUGGAUCUACGGCGGCGGCUACAUGGGAGGGACGUCGACUCUCGAUAUUUAUGACGCAGACAUCAUGGCUACAGCAAAUAACUUUAUCGUCGCCUCCAUGCAGUACCGCUGUGGGGCGUUUGGCUACCUGUACCUGGACAUAGAGGACGCCCCCGGCAACGUGGGGAUGUACGACCAAGCUCUGGCAAUGAAGUGGAUUCGUGAUAACAUCGAGUUCUUUGGUGGAAAUCCAGAUCGAAUUACUCUGUUCGGUGAGUCUGCCGGCGCUGGGUCCAUCGCCGUGCACCUGCUGUCGCCCGUGUCCAGCCACCUCUUUGACCGGGCCAUCCUGCAGUCUGGCGUUGUCAACUCGCCGUGGUCCAUCAUGUCUGCCGACAAAGCCUACGACAUCGGCCUGAGGCUCGUCGACGACGUCGGUUGCAACGCCUCCUUGAUUAACGAAGAACCAGAGAUGGUGAUGGACUGUAUGAGACGUGUAGACCCCUUCACCCUCUCCCUACAGCAGUGGAACAGCUACUUCGGCCUCCUACAGUUCCCCUCCACCCCCAUAGUGGACGGGGACUUCCUCCCUGACGAACCUCUGGAGAUGAUCCCCGCGGGGGUUAAGAAGACCGAGAUCCUCAUCGGCUCAAACCUCGACGAAGGUGAGUACAUCUUCCCCUUCCCUCACAAGAGUUGCCUGAGAGUAGACCCUCAGCCUGGCACACACCUGUACUAUGUGAACCAUUACGUCAUCAGGUUCAGGUGUUGUGACUGA